UACUAGUAGUUGGUGUCACGAUGGGAUUUUGAACAUUGACUUCCCUUUUUAUUUUCCUUCCGACGGUUGACUCUCAUUUUUCAACAGACAAUCAUCCAAGCUGUAGUUCAUUCCUACAACUACAAGAACACACACCAUGGAUGAUGGAUGCAUCCAGCAACUCAGCGUUAUCACCACAUCUUCUCGCCUGCUCAUGGCGGCGCCUCAUCGUGCAAGCGCAGCCCGGCCGCUGCCACUUCUCGCGCCGCUCGUCGCCUUACUCUUCCUCGCGGCGGCAACCACCACGGCAACAGCGGCCGCAGACGGUGUCCCCACCGCCGCCGGCAACGGCGGCAUGACGCACCUCCACUUCUACUUCCACGAGAUAUACACCGCCGGGCCGAACGGCACGACGGCGGCUGUGGCGUCCCCGCCGGCGGGCGCCGGCGGCUCGUCCUUCGGGUUCGGCUCCGUGACCGUGGUCGACGACAUGCUCCGCGAGGGCGCCGACCCGGCGUCCCGCCUCAUCGGCCGCGCGCAGGGGCUCACCGCCGCCGCCUCGCUCUCGGAGGUGGCGAUCACGACGCUGCUCAACUUCGUGUUCACGGACGGGCCGUACAAUGGCAGCACGCUGGCGAUGUUCGGCCGCGCGCUGCUGGGCACGGUGAUGGAGCGGCCGAUCGUGGGGGGCACCGGCGCGUUCCGGAUGGCGCGCGGGUACACGCACAGCCGGAUGGUCAAGUCCGCGGACCCCGACAACCAGCUCGUCCUCGAGUACGACGCCUACGUCCUCCACUAGCAACCAUAAUUUGCUUCGUGGUCUUUGAUU